GGACUUCAGAAUGUUCAGGGCUCAGGUGGUCACCUGGAAUUUACAAACCAUCUCCUUCCAUUUUCAGCUCUCUGGUAGUUACUCCGCUGGCCUCAUGGUCCUGCCUGAAACAGAGAUUCUACCACAUACCUUUGUAGUAUCAAGACUUCUGUGCUGUGGCUAAGCUUCCUGCCUAGGCAAUAGCAGCUGGGAGGGGCCAAGCACAUUCCACUGGGGCCACACCUACUAGUAAAGAUAUAAACAGUGAUGCUUGGGACUGGUCAUCAGAGCCGCUCUGCCUUCACUAUGAAGUUCAGCGGCUUCUUCCCUUUUGUGGUGCUCCUUGCUCUGGGAAUCUUGGCAUUCCGGUCUGUGGAAGGAGGUAAGAAUGGUGCUAUUAAAAUCGGAGCCUGCCCUUCUAGAAAGCCUGCCCAGUGCCUUAGGCGCGAGAAACCACAGUGUAGUACUGACUGGGAAUGCCCAGGGAAAAAGAGGUGCUGCCAAGAUAGGUGUGGUAUCAAAUGCCUUGAUCCUGUUCCCAUCCGCAGACCAGUGGCAAAGAAGCCUGGGAAGUGCCACAAGUUUAAAGGAAAAUGUCUGAUGCUUAAUCCUCCCAAUAAGUGUGAGAGGGAUGGCCAGUGUGAGGGCAACUAUAAGUGCUGUCCUGGCAUGUGUGGGAAAAUCUGCCUUCCUCCAGAGUAAGCCUGGUUCCUGACAUUUGGAGACAGCUCUGGACUCACUCUGUGCAGUCUGGAAACUACUUUGCUCCCUAGCUCCUCGGCUCCCUGGUUCCUGGGCUCUUAGGUUCCCAGGCUCCUAGGCUUGGAUCCUGUGGAGACGGUUUACUUACGCUACCAACAUCUCCUUUUGGCACAUGCACAGCAUUCAGGAGGCCUUAAGGAAAUGCUGCUGGAGAGCAUAUAAAUAAACACAUUUAUUUCCCUAAGCA